CGCACGACGCCAUCUUUAAACCCCACAAUAAGCUUCAGCUGAACACGGGUGGCAACGCAGCGAAACGAACCACACGUCGGACUACAAGUUGUGAUCUUCGGACUGGUGGGGACUGUGUUGUGUUGGAAGUGUGACACUGAGCUACUGCUGGACCCUGCAGUGGACAGUAGAGGGCUGUGGUCCGGGAACGAGGCUAGCUACGAUGCGGACGAUCUAGUGAUCGGACACAACAAUAGACGACAACAACAAGGGGACGAGCCCGCUAGCAUGUAGCAGGCUAAACUCGGAGCAAAUCAGCGGAGGUGGAGCUAGCCUAGCUCGUAGCUUAGCGGCUAGCUGCUUCGUAGCGAGCUAAUCAACAGCGGCAGACCCGCGAGGAGACAUCAGACCGGACGGGUUGUUGACGAUAACAGAGCACCUCGGGUGUCGUCGUCGUUGUGUUCAAGUUAUUAUUAGUUAUCAUAAUUUAAGUGUUUAGUAAUUGUUAGGACUGGGACGACGCGAGGCGAGGCUACCUCUCCCUUCUCCAGGCACCCGCCCGCUCCACCGCAACUGCCUGCCCGCCGAUCCCCGUCCCCCCCCGGCGGCCCGGCCGGAGAUGCGCGGUGGAACAUGUCGGUGUCGGGGCUUAAGGCCGAGCUGAAGUUCCUGGAGUCCAUUUUCGACCCGAACCAUGAACGAUUCAGGAUCAUCGACUGGAAGCCCGACGAACUGAGCUGCCAGUUCAACGUGACGGGGGAGAAGCUGCUGAUUAUCCACUGUAACAUCACGGAGUCCUAUCCGUCCACACCGCCCAUAUGGUUCGUAGACUCCGAUGACCCCAGCCUAACGCAAGUCUUGGAGCGGUUGGAGGAUGUCAGAAGAGGCAAUACAUUGCUUCUGCAGCAGCUGAAGAAGCUCAUCUGUGAUCUCUGCCGCCUGUACAACCUCCCCCAGCACCCCGAUGUGGAGAUGCUGGACCAGCCCCUACCUGCAGGGCCAGUGGGGCCCGACCGAAAGCAUGGGACGACAGACGAGGUCACUUCUGAGGAAGAGGAGGAGGAAGAGAUGGGAGAGGACAUCGAGGACCUCGACCACUACGACAUGAAAGAGGAGGAGCCGGUGGACGGAAAGAAGUCGGAGGACGACGGCAUCGAGAAGGAGAACCUGGCCAUCCUGGAGAAGAUCCGCAAGAACCAGAGGCAGGACCACUUGAACGUAAGUGCUCAUUCGGGUGCUGUCUCUGGCUCGGUGCAGGCCUCGGACCGGCUGAUGAAGGAGCUGAGGGAGAUCUACCGAUCCCAGAGCUACAAGACGGGUAUCUACUCGGUGGAGCUUGUCAACGACAGCCUCUAUGAAUGGCAUGUCAAGCUGAGAACAGUGGACCCAGACAGCCCUCUGCACAGUGAUCUCCAGGUGCUUAAGGAAAAGGAGGGGAUGGACUACAUACUCCUCAACUUCUCAUAUAAAGAUAACUUCCCUUUCGAUCCUCCGUUCGUGCGAGUGGUUUCCCCGGUUCUCUCCGGAGGAUACGUUCUCGGAGGAGGAGCCCUGUGCAUGGAGCUUCUGACCAAGCAGGGUUGGAGUAGUGCCUAUUCAAUAGAGUCUGUCAUCAUGCAGAUCAACGCCACUUUAGUCAAAGGAAAAGCCAGAGUGCAGUUUGGAGCCAAUAAGAACCAGUACAACCUUGCAAGAGCACAACAGUCCUACAAAUCCCUGGUUCAGAUCCACGAAAAGAAUGGUGAGUGUUUGUCUCCUAUUUCACAGACGUAGCAAUGCUAACCUUGUUUACAGAAACCCUAUCCCACUGUCGACACAUUGGAGUACGAACGCUGGCAGUGACGUAAUGCCAGUUAACAACAUUAUCCUGUGCGUCAUUAAUCGAUUGAUAUAGCCAUCAUGAUUGGUAUUACAUGUUUUGCGUGAAUAGCAGGAACGACAGCAAUCGUUACCGCCUUACUCCGACUUAGAAUCCAUAAGAAUGACAAAAAUAUUUUUUUCUUGCAUCACCAUGACUACUCAAGGAAUAGAACAUAAUGCAUUACGUUUGCCAUUACCUGCUCAUUCAACCUGCCCACAGUGAAAGUGGGUCAGCUGCUACUCCUGCUCAUUAUUUAGUCUGCCUCUCUAGAACAUACUGAAUUCAAAAUUAUAUAAAGUUGACAUGACCAGCAAUAGACAAGAAGUUACUUUUAAUCUUUUGAAUUGCUUUUAAGUGUAACCCUUCUUUUUCGAACAAGAGAAUCUCGCUUUGAUUACGGUAGAAUUGCAUCCAUGGUUAGCUGCUCUAAUCUCUGCAGAAAAAGGCUUUGAACAGGUAACUUGUAAAGGAACAUUGACCGAUAUUUCCUGAUUCCGAUUCUAUAUAGCAGAGUAAAGUGUGCAUAGGAUUAUGUCGUUUUUACAAUUGAAAAGUUUAUGUCAAAGGAUUGCAUCAAACCUAAGGAGAAAGAAAAAAAAAUUCUCCUGAAAGUUGUGAAUCGCAACCGAAUCCUAGAAGAUACAAAUCAAGAUACUUAUCCUCACAGGAAUCUCACCCAAAAAAAAAUCAUGCACAUUUUCUUAAUGACAUUGGCGGUUGUCCAAGCGGUUCAGUGAACUAGCUGCAGCAACAGGGUACAUUGAGUCUGUCAGGUUAACCUGACGGCUCCCUGGUGUCAUGGAGUCCUCUCACUCGUGUCUUACACCUUAGAUGUGUGUAAAAUCUCCUUGUCUCCUUGGAUGCCUUCUAUCUCAGUGCGAUCAUCAAGUUUAAAACGGCGAGUUUAUCCUGUUACCCAAUGCUGGCCAUCUACAUUAUUUAUUUAAAUUCGUGGUCAGAAGACAUUUACAAUUUACAAUGUACCGGUACUCUUUUUUUUUUUUUUUUUUUUAAAUGGUCAACGGCCAGUUUGUUUUCCUUCUACAAACUUCCUCAAGUCAUUAUCUGUUCCACUCUGUGAUGGGGGACAUGCUCUACGGAGUACAGAAAACCGCCCACUAGCUCCUGUUGCUGCAAAUAUUAACGUACAGUAAAGUGGCCUGUCCAGGAGGAAGUUAGCGGUGCAGUGAGACGUGGCACCCUCCCUAGACUCUAGAAUCACACUUUACAACACCCAAUGGACGUCAGGCCACCACGGCCCAAACCAAAGCUCAGCCAAGUGGAACCAGGGGCAGAGGUCUGGUGUUGGCUCAGGUGGCUGGCUGGUUGGAUUGGGAGCCGGAAUCGUACAGAUUGUUCUGUGCAGUCUAGUGGGUGUAGUGUUUUGGAUGGAGUGGUUUAAAGUAGGAGGCGGGGUUGAGGUGAAAUAACACAGCUGGGUGUAGCUUUAGGGGUGCGUCAGCGCUGAUUGGCAUUUUUGUAGUGGAGCGGAAGAAAGUUUGUAUAGUAAGGGAUUUAGAAAUGAAGAGUAGCGCCGUGUUAUGUAUGUAUAUAUCCGUUGUUAAUAUGUACAUCAUUUAGCUAUCAGAAUGAGAUGUGACUUGAAUAAUAACUUGGUUGAACCAAGCUGCAUGUUUGUGUAUUCCCUGCCAAGCCAUGCUUAUCGUAGACGUACCACUCAUUCCAGAGAACACUGCUCUGUUCCUGCUGUGAGAACAUGUGU